UUAAACAGCAAGCGCCCGCAGACAUGGCAGCAGCAGUUAGACUGGCAAAAGUACACUCCAGAGCAGUAAGAGAUGAAAUGAAGCCAGAAGCAUCAACGGCAGCUGAGAUAAAUGAAGUAAUGGCAGGAGAAAUCAGGGAAUUGAAGCAAAAAGAGGCCACAGGCAAGCAGAUUGCAAACUCAGGGCAAUGCACAGGCGACAAGGAAGACAACCCUGGAAUAGGCCCAGAAGGGAAACGAGCAGCCCCGCCAUUAGAGGGCAUUGGCGGUGGCAUUGAUCAAAGACCCUCGCAGGGAGCUAGACAGUAUGGGGACACUGACGUUUCAGGUCCUACAUAUUGCAAAGCCUUUGUGGAGGAAGAGGAGAGUAGGAUUUUAGUCGACACUGGAUCCUCAGUUACCAUCAUUUCUGCUAAAUUCUUCGAUAAGAUUGCAGGAAAGAUGAAGGCGAAACCUAUCUUGGAGAAAGUAGUAUAUCAGAUUCAAGGAGUGACAGGACAUCUAGAACGACCAAAAGGAGAAGUGAAGAAUUUACCUCUUAAGUUCAAGAAAAACGGAAUAACCUGGGAACUAAAUGCGUGUAUAAUGGAAUCAGCAACAGCCGAUAUCAUUUUAGGAACCAACUUUUUGAUCAAACACAAGGCAACUUUGAAUAUGCUUGAAAAGCAGCUUGUUCUAUCAAAGGCGAAUGGAAUGAAAGAAACUAUACCUCUAGUUGAGAAAACGCAUCUACACAUCCGAUCAGUGAAUAUAGCUGAGCCCAUGGACAUAGACCCAAACCCCAAAUGGAAUUGCAGCAAAGGAAAAGCUUAUUAUCGAUGUAUGUCAACAUACAUACCGGACGACAUGGAAGAUGAUAGAGAGCCAU